ACAGCAAAUGCGCUCUUCUUCCCACACUUUCUCUUUCUUUUUAUACUUCAAAACUUUCUAUGCAGAGAAAAUUCCAAAGCUUCUCUUAUGGCGUUUUCCAAAAUUGUAAUCCUCUUCUAUCUCUCUCUCUCCCCUUUUAACGCUUUUUCGGCUUCAUUUACUCCUGCUGACAAUUACCUCAUCAACUGUGGCUCCACCGCUAAUGUCUCCUUCUUCUCCACCCGACUCUUCAUCGGCGACGACGUGAGACCUGGCUCGGGUUUUCUCUCCUCUGACAGAUCCGUUUCGCUUUCUGACAUGAACCCGGAUCCGGGUUCGCUGGUUUUGUACCGCACGGCUCGAGUUUUCCGCGGAGGGUCGUCGUCCGUCUACAAGCUAGGUGUCGCCAAGAACGGUACUCACUUUGUUCGUCUCCAUUUCUCACCGUUUCAAGCUCGAAAUUUUGACUUAAGGUCGGCGAAAUUUCGUGUCCUGGUUAAUGGGUUCCCGGUGCUGAACGGGUUUAGUGCUAAAUCCGUCGUGGUUAAGGAAUUUGUGCUGAAAAUCAAUGACCCGUUUAUGGAGAUUUCGUUUAUUUCGAUGGAGCCAUCUGGGUUUGGGUUCGUCAACGCGAUAGAAGUAUUCUCGGCGCCGAAGGAUUAUAUUAUUGAUCAAGGAACGAAGUUUGUUUCCGCCAAUUUUGUCCAAGAAUUCUGGAACGUGUCGUCCCGAGUUCUGGAGACUGUUCAUAGGAUCAAUGUCGGUGGACUGAAACUGACACCGUUCAACGAUACACUGUGGAGGUCUUGGCUUGUUGAUGAGGACUAUCUUCUGUUGAAAUCAGCUGCGAAACGUGUCGCCACCUCUCAUUCUCCCAACUAUCAGACUGGUGGCGCGACGAGAGAAAUCGCUCCGGACAAUGUUUAUAUGACGGCACAAGAGAUGAAUCGGGACAACAACUCGGAGUUGCAGGCGAGGUUUAACGUCUCUUGGGGUUUCCCUGUUGGUAUUAAGGGUGUUCCACAUUUGGUUCGGUUGCAUUUCUGUGACAUUGUUAGCCCUUCACUCAACCAGCUCUACUUCAAUGUCUUUAUCAAUGAUUACCUUGCUUAUAAGGACGUUGAUCUCUCCACGCUUACGUUUCACGUGCUUGCUUCUCCGGUGUACAUUGAUUUUGUGGCUGAAUCAGAUCGCUCAGGGAUGAUGAAGAUAAGUGUUGGACCAUCUGAUUUGAGUAAUCCAGCAAGGUCCAAUGCCAUACUGAAUGGUGUGGAGAUAAUGAGGGUUCUGAAUCCGGGUGGCUCAAGAGCUGCAACCCGGAAGAAGAACAUCGUCUGGGUUGUGGUUGGCUCGGUGUUUGGAGGUCUUGUGUUCUUGUCUCUGGUCUUCUUGUUCGUUCUUUGUAUAUGCGGACGGAGCAACAAGAAAGAACAUAAAUCCAAACGUUCGGAGAGCACUGGAUGGAUUUCUUACAGUAGAACAUCCGGAGGAACUGGAAAUGGCUACGAUGCUCUGAGAAUCUCGUUUGCUGAAAUACAAUCCGCGACUAACAACUUCGAAAGAAGUCUGGUCAUUGGAAUGGGUGGAUUCGGUAUGGUGUACAGAGCAGUUCUGAGUGACAACACCAAAGUUGCUGUGAAGAGAGGCGUGCCCGGUUCAAGACAGGGCCUGCCAGAAUUUCAUACCGAAAUAACUGUUCUCUCUAAGAUCCGUCACCGCCAUCUUGUUUCCCUUGUCGGGUUUUGCGAAGAACAAUCAGAAAUGAUACUGGUUUAUGAGUACAUGGAAAAGGGACCGCUCAAGAGUCACCUGUAUGGCUCCACAACAAACCCUCCCCUGUCGUGGAAACAACGGCUCGAGAUCUGCAUCGGUGCAGCCAGAGGCCUUCAUUACCUUCACACGGGUUUUGCGCAGGGAAUCAUCCACCGUGACAUCAAAUCCACCAAUAUCUUGCUGGAUGACAACUAUGUGGCCAAAGUUGCGGACUUUGGACUUUCGAGAUCCGGCCCUUGUCUCGACGAGACUCAUGUAAGCACCGGCGUGAAAGGCAGCUUUGGGUAUCUUGAUCCUGAGUACUUCAGGAGACAACAGCUCACUGACAAAUCCGACGUUUACUCAUUCGGGGUCGUUCUCUUUGAAGUUCUUUGCGCCAGACCGGCUGUCCACCCGUUGCUUGCUCGAGAACAAGUGAAUCUUGCGGAAUGGGCAAUGCAGUGGCAAAAGAAAGGCAUGCUCGAUCAAAUCGUCGAUCCAAAUCUCGCAGGGCAGAUCGACCCGAACUCCUUGAAGAAAUUCGGGGAGACUGCAGAGAAGUGUUGUGCAGAUUAUGGCGUGGAUAGGUCGACGAUGGGCGACGUCUUGUGGAACUUAGAACACGUGCUUCAACUUCAGGGGUCUGAGUCUGAAGGCGAGCCUCGAGAAGGUUCUAGAAACAUCGCUGGCUUGGAAUUGGCUCCGUGGGACCCAUCUAGUGGCUCGAACACUGAGAGGGACAAUGCAGAUGGAAGUUCAGACAUAAGCAGCAGUCAAGUGUUCUCUCAAUUAAUGACGAAGGAAGGCAGAUGAAAAAACGGAG